CAAUACAUAUCGGAGCAAAAACCAAACCAUGAGAAGGAAAAAACUGCCUGCAGAGUAUAAAGAUAAGAUUUUGUGGCGGUACAGACCAUGAGAAGGUUACCAAAAAAUUUCUGCUGUGCUAAAAUUUCCUAAGAGCACAGUGGUCUUCAUAAUUCUCAAACUAAGUAAUCGGGGGACAGGUACCCAGGAACCCAUUGGUCAAUCUGGACACUCUCUAAAGAUCCUGUGUGCAGAUGGGACAAACUUCCUGAUGGUAACAUCACUGCCCCAAUCUGGGCUUUAUAGUAGAAUGGCCAGAAAGAAGCCUCUCCUCGGUAAGAUACAAAAAAGCUGCCUCGAGUUUGCAGAAAAGAACCUAAUGUACUCUCAGACUGUAAGAAACAAGAUUCUCUGGUAUCAUGAAACAAAGAUUGAAAUUAUUGGCCUCAAUUCUAAGCAUUCUGGAAGUCAUCACCUGCCCAAUACCAUUUCUACAUUGAAACGCAGCGCCAUAGUGUGGGGGUGUUUUUCAACAGCUGGAACAAGAAGACUGGUCAGGGUUGAGGUAAUGCUGAAUGGAGCAAAGUACAGACAUAUUCGUUAUGAACACCUGAUCCAUAGCGCUCUGGAUGUUCGACUGGGCUUAAGGUUCACCUUCCAACAAGAUAAUAACCCUAAGCACACAGCCAAGACAACACAGAGUGGCUUAGGGACAACACUGUGAAUGUCCUCAAGUCACCCAGCCACAGCCCUGACUUGAACCCAAUCAAACAUCAGUGGAGAGAUUUCAAAAUGGCCUCCAGCACAGAUUACCAUCCAAGCUGAUCAAGACUUGAGAGGAUUUGCAAUUUUAUGGCAUCAUCCCCAAGAAGACUGGAGGCUGUAAUCGCUGCCAAAGUACAUACAGCAGGUCCAAGACUAAACAAUGACAAGGUAUAUAAGUAUGCAUAUACAACGGAAGUGCUAAUCGAUAAACCCAGAGGAUCACUUGAGGAUAGUGUGGGCUACAAGAUUUCAACAGAUGUAAUGGUCAACUUGAUAUGGAGGAAUCCCACCAACAAAGAUGACCAACUCAUCAAGAUUGCCAUGAAGAAUAUUAAAGUAGAUAACAUAAUUGUACGUCCACAAGGUCAGAAUAUUUUUACUGAAAGCAAUGCUGAAAAACUACUAGGAGACUCUAACCUGGCCAUACUUCAGCGACCAGUUCUAGUGCAGUGGACUAAUGGAAAGGUGAAAACACUGUAUAUGUACCAGGAUGAACCCACAGUCCUUAGUAAUAUCAAGAGAGGCUUGGCAAGCCUCUUCCAGAUCCAGCUCAGCCCUGGUACAGUCACUGAGGUUGAUGUUUCUGGAAAUUGUAAAGUUACCUAUCGGGCAAAACAGAAUCAGGUGACCAAAAUCAAAGAACUUGAGAGCUGCAAGAUCUCCAAAACUGGAUUCACUAAUCGUAACAAGGUCCUGAGCAUCUCUAAGAAAGAAACUUCUAGUACAGCUUACCAACUUGAAGAUGACAAUAUAAAAUCUGUGUUAGCAGAAGAAAACCAUGUGCUCAUGCUUAAUAUAUAUGAAACCAUUGCAGCAAAAGUUAUUUGUAGACAAAAACUAGAGCUAAAGUCCAUUGAUGCUGGGCCUAAAGAAGUUGCCGGAAAGCAGCUGUCCAGUGUGGUAAAGGCAGUAAAUCCUAAAUAUGUAGCCAUUCCUCUCAUGGCUGAUCAGGUGAAAUCUAGUGGUAAAAGUUGUCCCUCGCUGUUAGAACAAUGGAAGGCAAUUCGCAAGGACUUGGAACCUGAAAAUCUUUCAAAAGCCAGUGCAGCACAAAGCUUUUUGCAACUGAUCCAAUGUCUUCGAAGAGUUAAAAAGUCAGACAUUGUGAUGUUUCUCAAGUCGGAAAAAGAAGAUGUCCUUCCUCAGCUGGUUGAUGCUGUCACCUUUGCUCAAACACCUGAUGCUCUAGAAGCACUCUUGGAGUUUUUGGACUUUGUCAAUGGAACAAGACCUUUGUUGCAAGAGAGGUUCUUAUAUGCUUGUGGCCUUGCCUCACAUCCAAAUGAAAGUAUUCUGCAAGCUCUACUUGACAAGUACAAAGGAAAAAUAGCAAACAAUGACAUUAGAGAAACUAUGGUUAUAAUUAUUGGAGCUCUCAUCAAGAAACUUCACCAGGCUACAGGCUCUGAAUUACCGGCAGUUUUGGAAGCCAAGAAGUUAAUCUUGGAUGGUUUACAAAAGGCAGACAAUCCCUCUGAUGUUAAGAUGUAUCUUCUAGCCCUCAAAAAUGCCAAUCUGCCAGAAGGAAUUCCAUUGCUGUUGAAAUAUUCAGAAUCUGGGGAGGGGCCUGUCAGCAGCAUUGCUGUCGGUGCUCUCCAGAAAUAUCAUAUCUCCUUCAUCAGUGAUGAGGUAAAAAAGGUCAUGAAUAGAAUCUACCACCAGAAUUAUAAAAUACAUGAAAAAACUGUAAGAACGGCAGCAGCAGAUAUUAUACUGAACAGCCAGCCUACAUACAUGGAAGUUAAAAAUCUGCUUCUUUCUAUUGGCGAGCUCCCACUAGAGAUGAACAAGUAUAUGCUAUCUGUGUUUCAGGAUAUUCUUCAAUUUGAGAUGCCAGCCAGUAAGCUCAUUCGACAAGUGUUGAAGGAUAUGAAGGUUCAUAACUAUGAUCGCUUUUCAAAGCCUGGAUCCUCAUCUGCUUACUCAGGAUAUGUGAUACGUGGCCCUGACUCAUCAGCAACAUACAGUCUUGAUAUACUGUACUCUGGAUCUGGCAUCCUCAGAAGAAGCAACAUGGAUACCUUUGUCUAUUCCAAAAACACUGAGCUGCAUGCCAUAAAGGUUGUGAUUGAAGCUCAGGGUCUUGAAAGUUUAAUCGCUGCCACCGCUGAUGAAGGAGAAGAAGACCUUGAGUCCUUUGCCGGAAUGUCAGCCAUUUUGUUUGAUGUUCAGCUUCGACCUGUAACAUUCUUUCAAGGAUACAGUGAUUUGAUGUCAAAAAUGUUCUCAGCAACUGGUGACCCAAUAAGUGUGGUGAAAGGAUUGGUGCUCCUAACAGAUCAUUCUGAGACUAUUCAGCUGCAAUCUGGGCUGCAAGCCAGUGCAGAGUUCCAGGGCGGACUGGCCAUUGAUGUCUCUGGAGGAAUGGAUUUUAGCCUUUGGUAUAGAGAAUCCAAAACCAGUGUUAAUAAUCGCGGGGCUAUGGUUGUUAUAGGCAACAUAACCAUUGAUUCAGAAUUUGCUAAUGCUGGUAUGGAAACCCGCUUCGAAACAGAGUCUUCCUUCAAUUUUAUUACAACUGUGAAGUUCUCAUCAUAUCCAUUUUUGGUAUGCAUGCAAAUGGAUAAAGGAACAUUUCCAUUCAGGCGAUACAUCACAAAGUAUGAGAAAUUGCAGUCUGGCAAGUCGUAUGUAUCUCGCAAAGGAAAAGUACAAACUGUGACAGGUUCUGAGCUUCCUCUUCAUCAUGAGAACUCCAAUAUGUGCAGGGUAGUUUUUGGAAACCAACAAGAUUCCACAGAGAGCUGGUUUUGAAGAGUAAUAUCUCCGCCUUGCUCCAGUGUGCAUCACUGGAAGGUUGUGUAUGUACUGUAUUGGUGUGGUGCAUGCAUAAAGUUUACAUAUUUACACUUAUUUAAGUCAUUUGUAAAGUGUUAGGAAAAAGAUAACUUGUAGUUACGAAGUGCACUAAUAUUGUUAAAGGUGAGUCUGUGUUAACCCUUGUGUGCUGAGGCUGCCUAAUACAUUACCAAAUUACUUGUUCCUACUCAUAGUAACCUGUUGCAUUUACCAUUAAAGAGAAAGUGACAGCAGCAUCACCCGCUCCAACCUGUAUAUUCAAGUUAAAACCCCUAUGGACAUAGCACAUACAUGUACGCCCUACGCUCGCUCCUGCCGUAUAAAGCAUGCUCAGGAGCUGAGUGCACUUCAUACCGGUGGGUCCCGGUUAAUAUCAACAGCCAGGACCCAUAGCGGAUGCUGGACAUUUCUGAUCGGACCAAUUUCCAGCAGUUACCCUUUAGACAUUGCCAUCAAAGUUGAUUGUGACGUCUAAAUAGGGGGGAAAUUGUUGCCGGCAAGCUCAGAAGUCCGGGUCUGGAUUAACUUUGACCGGGUUCCCAGUCUUCUAUCUGUUCGACUGGCUUUCCUUCACUGUGGGCCGGCUCAGCAGCCUGUAGUUAUGCAGCGCCAAUAACACUGAUCAAUGCUGUGUAUGCAAUCAAAAGAUUGCAAGUAAAAGUCCCGUAAUUAUAAAAUAAUGUACAUAAAAACAUAAAUAUCUGGUAUCGCCAUGUGUGGAAAUGUCAGAACUAUUUAAAUAUACUGUAAUGUUAAUAAAACUGCCUGUUCAAUGCCGUAAACGUAACAAAGGUUCAGAAUUGCUGAUUUGUGAUCAUGUCAUAUACCUGAAAAAAAUUAAUAAAAACCGAUCAAAA